UAAAGUGCGCUUUUAGUUAUCGCGUUUCUUGGAAUGAAUUAGCUUGCAGGCCGCCUGAAGAUUGGCUGCUUCACAGCCACAAUUCCGGUCUCAUCCGCCGCCGUCUCUCUCCGCCUGUACACUUUUUCCGACGAACUACUGCCUCCAGUUACUUCUGUUUUCCUCUGCUCUUCAAAAUGAGAAAUUUUAACUACUGGGAAAAUGAUAUUCGUGUGAUGCUUGGUCUUGAAAGCACAGUAUCUUUGCUCCAGCAUCUGUAAUGUCUUCUGGGCUCUCCACCUCAUGUAAUAACCACCGAGGGUUUUGACAAUGCAUACACACUCAUCUUAGCAGAAAUGCAAUCUUACUGCAACAUUCAAUUAAUUACUAGUCAGUCCAUUUUGAGCAGCUUCUUGGAACAAAUGACUCCACUGUUCUCUACAACUGCAACUCUGUCAUGUGCUUCCACCACUACAAGUCCCAAAUUAUCCAUUGCAAAGUCUCUGUUCAACAGCAGAUGCCCUAAUCGAACUGGGCCCUUUGUUGUAUUGGAAGCAGAAUCUGCCUUUCUAGCCAAUACACCAAGGAAAUGGAAGCCCUAUGAACUUUCCAAUGUUCGGUUUCUUCAACAGAAAAAGCCUUUGGUUGUUUGCAUCUCCUACUCUUGUACUAGGAUUCUGUCUUCUCAAACUAGGGCUUACUUUGGGGGUGAUUCUGGAAAUACUCCAGAGGCUGAGAAUGAUGAUAAUGGUAGUGGUGAUGAGCGCAGUGAACAGGACGCGUGUGACCCUCCACCCGAUUUUGAACUUCUAGAUGAUGGCAUUGAGAUAGCAAUAGAAAAGACAGGCAAGAACAGCAGGAGAAUUACAUCAAAGGUAGCUGUGCAGGCCAGCCUCCAAACAGUUUGGGAUAUAUUAACCGACUAUGAAAGAUUGGCUGAUUUUAUUCCAGGCCUAGCAGUAAGCCAGUUGCUUGAGAAGAGAGAUAAAUUUGCUCGUCUAUUUCAGAUUGGCGAGCAGAAUUUGGCAUUUGGGCUGAAAUUUAAUGCAAAAGGCAUUAUUGAUUGUUUCGAGAAAGAUCUUCAGACUCUUCCUUUUGGUCAAAAGCGUGAUAUUGAGUUCAAGAUGGUCGAGGGUGACUUCCAACUCUUUGAAGGGAAGUGGUCUAUUGAACAGGAGGUGAAGCAGAAUCCUGGAGAUUCACAGAGUGAUUCUGUAAUUGGCGAAGAAUAUCAAACAACGCUUCUGUAUAUUGUACUGGUGAAACCUAAAGUGUGGUUGCCCGUGCGCCUUGUUGAGGGUAGACUCUGCAAGGAGAUCAGAUCAAACCUGUCAUGCAUACGGGAAGAAGCUGAGAAAGCUUUUCAGAAUACAAAUUUUGCUUUGUAGUAGAUUUGCAUGUCUGCAGUAGAAUUGUUUGUCUUCAUUCAUUGUUCAAGGAUCAGUAAUCCCAGAAAUUGAGCAUGCCCCGGAUGUCACAUUGUUCUCAAAUGGCUACAUUGACUUGCUGCAAGGCUUGCCAAUUGCAAAGAACAAGGGCACGACAGCAUUUUCCUGUGUACUCUGACUACAGAGCUUGCAUUGAGCUGUAUUGAAGAGAAUACGCUCUUGAAUUUCACUUGGCGGAUGCAUUGCCAGAGAAUCCAACGGUACAUCAGAUUGACUCACUGCAGUGAGAAUACUUGAUUAGGAACCUGCUGUCUAUUCUAUUUACAGUAUUACUUGUUUAUUCUAGCUUGUAAGUUGUAUGUAUUAUUUCAUUAUUUGGUUUAUACGUUAGGGUUUUAAGUUAGUACAAAUGCUGUUUCACAAAUGUAAAAAAACAAAAGAAAGGGAAGAAGAGGGAACUUAUUAUGAGAAGUUUCCAUUUCAUAACGGUAAUUGUUUGAGAAAACCACUCCUUAUUAUUGUUCUGAA